GACCAAACGACUAUGAGAGGAACAACGCGAACAACCUUUGACUUGCUAACCACCAUGUCAUCCACAGCAGGAAAAUUUGCAAAAGCAGAAUCUCUGGCAGAAAUCUAUCCUGUCCUAUCCAUUUCCCUUCCAUCGACUACUCCUACGUCUAGUACUCUUCCAGAGGCGCCUUCGCUCCAUGCUCAGAGUGUGUGGGGCGCUCCCAAGAUCUAUCUGUCCUGGGCUCAAAAUAUUAGACGUCUCUGCUUCUUCGCAUUUCUAGGUGGGAUGUGUGCAUUUGGCCUCAUAUCUCAGCUGUGUGCACCUUACUCUUCAUCCUACUGUACAUCCGUGGCAAGAUGGCUUUCUUUUUCUCCCUUUCGUGCCAGUCAAAUGUCUCAGGGUAGCUGCAUUCUUCGCGGAGGCUGCCUGGACUCUGAUAUUGCUGCACGGACCAUUCAUUUGCACCUAAAGCAUGCGCAUUACAUGGCGAGCCUGAUAGAAGGAACCGGUUUACCCCCAAUGCAUUUCUUCAACUCCACACCAGUCGGUCGGAACUUCGCAGAUCAUGGACUUUCGUACUACAUCAAUGACGACCCGAACCGAAAACGAUUAAUAGAAGAUCUACCCCAGCUCUUUCGCCUCCGAGGGCUCAUACAUCGCCGGUACCAUCCAUAUCUAAUAAAACAUUUCUAUACCCAUUUUGACACGAAACCUACGAGAGCAAUGCAUAAAGGAUUUAGGGCAGCAAUAUCGGGACUAUCAGCCGCCAUCGAACGUGAAAAACAACUCUCCACGACUUCCCAACAGUGGCGCAUCAUAGAGAUUGACAAAAUCCUUCAAAAGACGCUCGAUCGAUUGUUCAGGCGGCUUCAAAACAUGUUCAGACAACUCGCGGCGGAUACUCCACCUUUUCUUGAACAUAUUUCCGCUUUCCAUGCUUUGUCUCAGCGUAUCUCCUCCGAGCUGGAAUCAGAGAUAGCUCGCGUUGAGAUGGCUUACCACAAGAUCCCGUGGUGGGAUUCAUAUCCAUUUGUUUGCAUGUUUGCACAUGGUAUUUUAGGGAUGAAACCCCAGCGCAGGAUGUUCACCAAAUACCACGAAUUCUUAUCCGCAGAUGCGUCAGAUAUCCGCUACAUUGUGGAACAGGUGGCUAUCCUCCAUGAUCAUCUAGAGAUCCUGCAGCGAUACUUCCUCUGGUACUCAGAUGGCCCCAUCAUCAUGGACGAUGUCGACGAUGCUCCAGUUCCGACUCCAGCUGAGCUUUUCAAACUGGAGGAUGAGCUUGUCGAACGACUACAUGCAGGUUAUUGGGCUAGGGAGUACGAUUCUUUCCCGCCUCAUCGAUUAACGGCAACGUACCCGUCUUUACCUCUUAAUCCUGAUCAUCCCUCCUCGCCGUCUCAGUGAAAUGCUCUUCCUCUGUCUUGGUGUUAAUAUUUAUCAUCUUAUGAUACUAUGUCGCCUUAUUCCUUCCUUGUCAUACCUUUUCGAUGACCAGAACUGGUCUUCUGAUCUCAUAUAAUUCAUAUACCUCUUC